AUGAAAGGCAUUACUUUUUCGCUUAUAGCCAUAUUGGCCACUACUGCCCAUGCCAAGGUUCUGCCAACAGUCGAUUCAGAAAGUGUCGUUCAGCACCUUCAAAAGCGACAGUUUAAUGGUGUUAAAAACUUUUUUAAAGGUAAACAGUUCGGGAUAAACGGAGCCAAAAAUGGAGGACCUUCAAAUCAAAACAUCCCUCAAAGUAAACAGGGACGAAACACACCUCCCAAACCUAAAAAUAAUCCUAGAUUGUCGAGAAAAAAGUUUACAACUAAAGGAAAAACACCACAACCGCCAAGUAAUAAUGUCCCUAGUUCCGGAGGUUCGACACCAUCUGGAGGUCCGGCACCAUCUCCCCCAAGUAGUGGUGGUUCUGGUAGAUCGUUCAAACAGGAGCUUAAAGACAAAGUUGAUCAGCGACAAAGUAGAAUUGGCGGUAAUGGUGGCGAUACUAAGAGAAAAGCACCACAACCGCCAAGUAAUAAUGUCCCUAAUUCCGGAGGUUCGACACCAUCUGGAGGUUCGACACCACCUCCCCCAAGUAGUGGUGGUUCUGGUAGAUCGUUCAACCAGGAGCUUAAAGACAAAGUUAAACAGCGACAAGGUAGAAUUGGCGGUAAUGGUGGCAAUGCUAAAAAGACUCCACCACCAGUAGCGCCUAAACCUUCACUACCUCCUUUCGCUAAAUCCAAACAGGCAACACCUCCAGGUCCAUCAGGUCCACCUCCAUCAGGUCCACCUUCAAGGCCACCUUCAAGGUCACCUCCAAGGCCAUCAGGUCCACCUCCACCACCUCCAUCAGGUCCACCUUCAAGUCCACCUCCACCAAGUCCAGGUCCACCUCCACCACCUCCAGGUCCACCUCCACCUUCACCAGGCCCUUCUUCACCUUCACCUCCACCGUCAAAUUCCCGAUCGGCACUUUUGAGCGACAUUGAAAAGGGCACCAAAUUACGAAAAGUAGGCCCUCCAUCUCCAAAUCCACCUUCCAAUCCUGGACCUGGUAACGGAAACUCGCUUGUAGAUUCACUUAAUGAUAAAAUCAAGCAUCGGAGGACGAAAAUGAGCGGUGAUGAGCAGCAGGACUGGAGUAGAAAACGCUAA